CUCUUUUCCAACAUGUCGAGGCCACACCUCUUCGUCGCUCUUAUUCUUCCUUUGCUUUUUUUGUCCUUCAAUUCUCUUGCCGGAGAUGACAAUAUCCAUGCAAGGAACGCAAGCCUCGUCUCAGCAGAAACCGUCUGCAACUCCACUGCCGAUCCUGCAUUCUGCUUAUCCGCAUUGCCGGACCCUAAAGCAGCCGGAAACGUCCGCCACUUCGGCCGCUACUUUGUGCGGAAAUCCCUCUCCCGAGCAUUGAGGUUUCUCUCCCUGGUCGACGAGCGUCUCUUGAUUGUGCAGGGCCACCUAACGGCUCGUGAGGCCCACGCCCUGGAGGAUUGCCGCCAUGUCUCGGCGAUGAACGUGGAGUUCCUCCUCAAAUCAUCCAAAGCUGUCGAUGACAAGGCUGGGGAGCUCCCGGCCCACGAAGUGGAUGAUGUCCGGACCCUGCUUAGCGCCGUCUUGACCAAUCAGGCGACCUGCUCGGAUGGUCUCCAGUGGGCCGCGGCUGGCUCAAGGAUCAACGGCGGUCUGUUGGUUCGCCUUUCGGAGGACACCAAGUUGCACAGCGCUUCCUUGGCGCUGUUCAGCAAAGGUUGGUCCUCGAGGAAGGGGGAAGCAGCCAUGGGCUACUCUGAGAGUACACUAAAACCUCUGCGACUCAGCCAGGUCUCACUGAACAUGUCGAGCCUAACACGUGCUUUUUAUGCGUCUCUAAGCAAGGGGUAUGUUCUCGCCGCGGGUCGAAAUAAAGUGGUGUCGAUCCGCGACGUAGUGGUGGUGAAUAAGGACGGGAGCGGUAACUUCACCAGCAUAAAUGCCGCUGUCGCGGUGGCUCCCAAUAACGUGGACGGAUCCUAUGGCUACUUCUUGAUCUACAUAACUGCAGGCGUCUAUCACGAAUACGUUUAUGUCAACUCGAACAAGAAGAACCUCAUGAUGGUUGGAGCAGGCAUCAAUCGGACUGUGAUUACCGGAGAUCGCAACGACCAUGAUGGAUGGAGUAUUUUUAGCUCUCCCACAUUUAUCGUGGAGGCACCCCAUUUUAUUGCAAUGGACAUGACCUUUCGGAACACGGCAGGGCCGAAGAAGGAACAAGCCGUGGCUGUCCGAAACAGCGCCGACCAGUCCACGUUCUAUCGAUGCAGCUUUGAAGGCUACCAAGAUACGCUCUUUACGGACAAAUUAAGGCAACUCUACAAAGAAUGCGACAUCUACGGCACAGUUGACUUCAUCUUUGGUGAUGCAAACGCGGUCUUUGAGAACUGCAAUAUAUACCCUCGCAGCCCAAAUAAAGGUCAGUACAAUACCAUAACUGCCCAAGGGAGGGCCGAUCCGGGUGUGGACUCGGGCAUGUACUUCCGUUAUUGCACCAUUAGGGCUGCCGAUGACCUGGCAUCGAGCAAUUACUCGGUGGAGACGUAUUUAGGGCGGCCGUGGAAGGUCUUCUCAAGGACGGUUUACAUGCAUACGUUCAUGGAUAGUCUAAUUCACCCUGCAGGUUGGCACAACUGGGAUGGUGAUUUUGCGCUGAGCACACUUUACUAUGCGGGAACACAAUAAUAUGGACCUGGCUCCGAUACCACGAACCGAGUUACUUGGCCCGGAUACCAUGUA